GGAGACCAGCAUCUCCACUGGGGGCAAUUCGGCCUGUUCUCCUGACAACAUGUCCAGUGCCAGUGGUCUGGACGCGGGCAAGAUUGAGAAGAUGGAGAAGAUGCUAAAAGAAGCUCAUGCAGAGAAGAGCCGGCUCAUGGAGUCUAGGGAGAGGGAGAUGGAGCUGCUCAGGCAGGCCCUGGAGGAGGAGCGGCGGAGGCGGGAACAGGUGGAACGGAGGCUGCAGAGUGAGAGCGCUCGGAGGCAGCAGCUGGUGGAGAAGGAGGUCAAGAUGCGGGAGAAACAGUUUUCUCAGGCACGGCCCCUGACCCGCUACCUGCCUAUCCGGAAGGAGGACUUUGACCUGAAGACCCACAUCGAGUCAUCAGGCCAUGGUGUGGAUACCUGCUUGCAUGUGGUGCUCAGCAGUAAGGUCUGCCGUGGCUACUUGGUCAAGAUGGGUGGAAAGAUUAAAUCCUGGAAGAAGCGCUGGUUUGUCUUUGACCGGCUCAAGCGCACCCUUUCCUACUAUGUGGACAAGCAUGAGACGAAGCUGAAGGGGGUCAUCUACUUCCAGGCCAUCGAGGAAGUGUACUAUGACCACCUGCGCAGUGCAGCCAAGAGCCGGAACCCAGCCCUCACCUUUUGCGUGAAGACCCAUGACCGACUGUACUACAUGGUGGCCCCAUCUGCGGAGGCCAUGCGCAUCUGGAUGGAUGUCAUCGUCACAGGGGCUGAGGGCUACACUCAGUUUAUGAACUGACUGCCGUGGCCUCCGGGACCCUCAGGCUGGCCCCAGGACCCACGCCAGCCUCUUGCUGCUCUGCUGGCCCCUGUGGGCAGCUGCACAGCGGGCGCCAGCCCUCAC